CAGUGACACAGUCACGGUGUGGCUCCAAUGGCAGCGCCCAGACAGCUGUGCCAGUUCCUCAGUCACUGGGCGGCACCCACGCCUGCCCAGCCGCCUCCUUCGCUCCGCCUCCCGCUGCCCCGAGUGAAGAGAAGCCCGAGGCGUCACUUCAGCGGGUUGGGGGCGAGCUGCCGGUGGUGCCCGGGGAAGCGGCAGGAUCCUGAGAGGGAUACAUAAUGCCUGAAGUGGUAUGUCCUAAAUACUGAAGAUACAUAUAAAUUAUCCUGUAUCUCAAUAAGAAGCAGUAAGGUUGGAAUGAACCUGGGUCUUUGAGCUUCUGUCCUUGGUUUUUCAUCAUCUGACAUUCCAAGGUCCAGAAGCACAACAGUGCUUGAUUUUGUUUUAAUUGCUAAGCCAUAAAGACUGCAGCCAUGUCUCUGGAAGACAUCCACAUGAACACCAAGGAUUUGCUUGAAAAAAAACAAUUAGAUGCUGGAGGAUUUGGAACAAUUUCUUUAUGCUUUCACAAGAAACAUGGAUAUGUAGUAUUAAAAAAAGUGUAUACAGGACCACAGCGCACUGAGUACAAUGUUUCCCUUCUUGAAGAAGGCAGGAUUAUGCGCAGACUGCAGCAUGACCGUGUGGUAAAGCUACUCGGUGUCAUUUUGGAAGAUGGAAAUUACUCGCUUGUGAUGGAGUACGUGGACCGGGGGAACAUGAUGAAAGUGCUACAGAAUCUCUCACUACCUUUGUCAGUGAGAGGGCGUUUUGUGCUGGAGAUCACAGAAGGAAUGCUUUAUCUGCAUGAGCAAGGCUUUGUACACAAAGACCUAAAACCAGAAAACAUCCUUGUGGACAGAGACUUCCAUAUUAAGAUUGCAGAUCUCGGCGUUGCCUCCUUUAAGAGCUGGAGUAGGCUGACCCAAGAAGAAACAGUCCGACAGAAGCAAAUGAAGAGCGCUUACCAGAACAAUGCUGGGACACUUUUCUAUAUGGCCCCAGAGCAUUUACGCUCUGUUAAUGCUAAACCAGUGGAGAAAUCAGAUGUUUACAGCUUUGGCAUUGUGAUCUGGGCAAUUUUUGCUAGCAAAGAGCCAUACGAAAAUGGUAUAAAUGAAACCCAGAUUUGCUUUGGCAUCAUGAAUGGAAACAGACCAGACAUAAAGGAGAUCACUGAUAAAUGUCCAGUGGAAAUUAUUGACUUAAUGAAGCAAUGCUGGGAUGAAGAUUCAGAGAAACGUCCAACCUUUGCAGAAAUCAGUGGAAGAUACAAGCCAUUUUACUAUCAAAAUCUAGGAAAAAAUAUAGAAGAAGAUCUGAAAAAUUUAAAAAAAAUGUGGCCUGAGUCAAAUGAACUUCUGCAUAGCAUGGAAUCCCUUCAAAUAGAUGCUGUACCAGAAGAUACCAGCAAUGGUCAAGUAGAUCAGCCUAAUUCUCUACACAGCUCUCAAGGUCCCAUGACCAGUGAGGUUAAUGUAGCCCUGCUUGCUGCCUACCCUGAGAACCAGCCUGUCGAGAGCUGUGAGACCUCAUUUCCAUCUGCUGAUAAUCUGGAAAGAAAACUUCAGCAUGAAUACAACUACCACGCGUUUGGGAGCCGGAUGGAUAAAGCAGUUCCACCUGUUGUAUACAGCCCUGAAAUGAUAGAGGAGGAAAGGAGACGGAGAGUUUCCCGUGAUCCGUUUGCAAAGCCAUCUCCUACUUCUCAGAGAAAUGAACUAUAUCCAAGAGCUGAUAAAACAGGAUCAAACACUAAUCCAUAUUUCUGGGCAAACAUUGAUCCAAAUAUCUGGCCACAGGCAGCUGCAACAACGCCAAAAAGGGGAAAUGUAGAUGUUUUUUACGGGCCCAGUCCCAACAGUCUUCCAACAGGAAACCCAGUGGAUGCCUAUGGGUUGUGUUCAGCCAGUAACUUUAGCCUAAGUAAACCUCCUGUGCCAGAAUCUGGACAAAACCAGCAGUCACAGACAAAUGUAAACCGGUAUUCAAAGAAUUCAGACACAGAUACAGGUUACAGGGAUUCCACUUCUUUCACAAGGGGAACGUUUCCAUACUAUCCUAGUGCAUCCAAAGUAAGUCCAGUUCCUCAUACAGAUGAUUCAAUCAAGUACAACAUAAAUAACAGCUCUGGAAUUCAAAUUGGAUCCUUCAGUCACAUGAAGAUUGAAGAGCAGAACCCGCAUGUCAGCACUUGUCCUGUUGCUAUGGAAGUAAUUUAUACACAUUAUAAAGCAAUGGGUAUAUUUGACAAUACUACUGUCCUGACAGAAAAGCAUUUGAAUCUAGUGAGAGAAAAGCUGGCUAAGCAGUGGAAGCACUGUGCUCGGAAACUGGGCUUCAGUGAUCCCGAAAUAGAUGAAAUUGAUCAUGACUAUGAACGAGAUGGACUAAAAGAAAAGGUUUACCAAAUGCUGCUCAAAUGGGUAAUGAGGGAAGGCUCUAAAGGUGCUACAGUUGGAAAACUCGCCAAGGCCCUCUUUGGCUGCCAAAGACUGGAUCUCCUUAGUACUUUGAUGCAAAUCCAAGAAGAGUAAGUUUACUGAGAACAGACUUUCUAGAGCUCUCCUUUUUGCACAGACUUUUGGGAACAUAUCUUUUUAACCAACCAGUUCUCAGUGAAUACCUCCAAUAAAUCAAAAAGUUCAUGUCACAAUAUUUGGUCUUCCAUAGGAUUAAAAAAAAAGAAAAAAAAGCAUCUUCCUUUCAAAUAGAAUGAUUGUCUGAAGAUAACACAAUGCAAGACAAAUACAAAUUCAAGGAGAAUGUGUUACAUAAAAUUUCUGCAUUCUAGUCUUGAAACAUGUUGGUAGUCUUGUUCAGUUCUGAAGAUUGACUUACUGCUUGAAAAACUUGUAUAGAAACCAAAAUCAAACCUUACAUUUUGCCAGAAGUGCCAAUAAUUAAUUACACCAGUAUUUGACUGGUCUUAGUCAAUAAUACACUUUAAAUAUUUUUAUAAUUUUUAUUAAAUAUAGAUGUCUAGAAUUAUGCAGAACAGCAGCAUAAAUAAAAGCAAAACCUAUUUCUAGCUUUAAAAGUUUAUAACUUAUAUUUUAUAGUUAUAAUGUUGCAUUAAUUUUUUACAUUGUUUGGUAGAAAAGAUUUUACAGGGUAAGAGUAUGUCCUGGGGUGAAUUUAUGAUGCUUGUAUCCCCAGUUGCCUGUUCUGUUUAUGCUGGUUAUCAAGUUCUGCAACUUUAAGACUGGUUGUGACAGCAAAGGGUGAGGAGAAGAAGUGUGCAGUUUGUUUUCAGAAACUGGACUUGCUCCCACACAUUUUUCUUCUCAGGGACUCUGUCGUCUGCAGCAGGGACACUGGGAGAGAGCUCUUCUUUGCUUUUAGUUAGUUUAAAAAGCAAGCUGAGGCAGAGGAGUAUCUUGGACUGUGUUGGUUUGGUUUUGGUUUUUUUCCCUUUCUCUGGGACUGUAUGGCCCUGCUCUGGACCAGAAAUUCAGAAGAGCACUGGAAGCUCACACCUAUGGCCCACCAGAGCCUGGGCCCCGGUAUUUUCCAGCACUGGAGGGACUGAUAAGAGACUGAGCGAGCCCAGCUCACAGCAAGGACUUUCUGAAUUUGCCAUCUCUUCAGAACAGCAGGAGGUUUUACUGUUAAUAUUAUUAAUAUUUUUAUGCUCAGAAUACUUUUCUUGUUAAAUAAACAGGUUUUUUCCACUUUUCUCCAAGAAAAUCUUUUCCCGAACCAGUAGCGGAAGGGGCCACUUGAAUAUGCCUUCUAGAGAGACACCAUUCAGAGGUUUCCUCCCAGAUUUGUCUUAAAGCAGGACAGAAUCUCAUCUGCUUUAUGAAAUAAUGAAAAAAUAAGUUAAAUCAGUAUGCAGUCCAAAUUAAAAACUCAAGAAUAAAAGAGUUUUGGGAAGGGAAAGGUGCUUUAUUACCUCUUGACUGAAGACCCAUUCUCCUCACUCUGGGGACUCAGUGUCAAUACAUUCUGAAUCUCUUAGGCUGUGUUUAUAUUAGUAGGCUAAAUGUGCCUAGAAAUGUUCUGCAUGCUGAGGUUAAACUGGCAUACUGCAGCCUGAAUAGCAAAUUCUUUAAACCUCCAAAAUGUUGUGCAUUCAGCACUCAGGUUGUUUCUGGGGGGCACUGGAGCAGCUCUGUAGCAUAGGUGAUGGUAUCCCAGUGCCUGCAAAUGUUCCUUGUCACUCUGACUUCCUCAUAUUGACAUAAUCUCAGUGUGCAGUAUCUAUGAAAGAAGAAUUACUGGAAGUUUUUUGACUGAAGAAUUAUGCCAAACUCUUCUUUCUAGGGACAACACUUCCUGUUCCAUCAGAUUUACAGAUUUUUCAGGCAGAUGUUUUGGAGCAGGUAAUUAUUUAACCUAUACAUAGAGACUAGGUGUUUAUUAGUGUUCAUAAUUAUUAAUUUUAAUUGUCAAAAAAAGCUAACUACUUAAUGGGGUGCAGUUAGAUUGGAUUUCUGCUCCUUGAUACAGCAACCACCAUUUCAGUGGAAGCAAAAUGAAACUGUAAUUAAAGCAAGCAUCAACAUAUUUGUCAUCUUUAAAGUUACUUAAAAUUUAUUGCAUUGCCUUACAGUUUUGACUUAGCAACAUGCUAAAUUUUCUAUAAACUCUUGAGUACAAUAGAAUGAUGUGGUUUAUCUGUCUAAUAUAAUAAGCAUACACUUCCCAGAAAAAAUAAAAUUGUUCUUUAAACAGAUAGAGAGAUGGGGUAGGGAGUGUCUUCUCUAUGUCAGUCCACAGAGAUAUAGCCAGCAGCUGCUGUGUUAGUUCAUGAAACAGAUCCCUGAACAGAUCACAAAGUCCAUUUAUGUUUUGUUAACACUGGUUGCACUGUAUUGCUACAUCAAUUCCCCAGCCCCCAUUGUUUUUUAAAGUCUUCCAUACCUGCAGUCUUUAAACAAUAUGCACUUUUUCAAUCAUAAGAUCUU